CGGAUGCUGGGCGGCUGUUGCCUGCCCAGGUGCAACCUGCCGGUGCAACGUUAGGGACGCGGGAAGGCCCCUGCGGCCUUGAAGGACAGAAAGUCCAGCAGUUUGCAGAUGGCCGGGCCUGAGAAGACUGCGUCAGCCCUUCCUCAGAACGAAGGGGUCCAGGAAGUGGAAGUGGCGCCCCUCCUGUUGCCCAGCCUGAAGGGCAGCUGCUUCGACCAUCCCCUGCAUGAGGGGCUCCUCCACCCCACCCGGCGCUCCAGCAGUCCUGCCUCAGCUCCAACUCCUACAUUGUCAAAGAAGCCCAAGGUGCAUGCAGCCAGGAACAUGUUCCCCACUGACUGGAGCCCGCCACCUGUUGAGUUCCUGAACCUGAGGGUACCGCCGGCCAGCAGGGGGGCCCAAGCCCCGAGGUGGGUGGGUGUGGCAGGGCCACAGGCCCUGAGGACAUGGGCCCACCAGCUGCCUGAGGAGUUAGAGCAGGAGCCCCAGGACUCGGACCCCCAGGGGAGUCUGGCCUCACUGGAGGAGCCGUUCUGGAACAUGGCAGGCCCGAGCCAGAAGGCUGCAGCUCCAGUGGUGGACACCCACAGCUUGUUCACCUUUGGGGCCUCAGAGAGCUACGUCAAUAGCUUGGAUUACUUACUGCAGGAGAAGCGGGACCAGGCCCUGGAGCGAGAGCAGGUGCUUCUGCAGCAUCGCCCCCACCUCAGCUCCCUGGAUCUGGAUGAGGAUGAAGCGCCGCUCACACCUGAGCACAGGAUGCUGGUGGAGAGGUUCUCCGUGUCACUGCAGGUCAUCCCACCGGUACAUCCUGGGGAGACUGUGUUUCUACCCAGGCGUCAGCCCCUGCCUUGCCUCCUGGACCGUUCACAGCUGAAGCCACGUAGCCACCUGGAAGAACUGUUCGUCAGCUGCCCACUGGCCCAGCAGCUCUCCUUCCUGCGCACGGGCCUCCUGAGCAACCUCUACCUGCACGCCCCCGACUGCCCUGUGGCCCUGCUUCAGUGGCUCUUCCAGCUGUUGACAUGGCCUCCAGAAACUUCUUCAGGAGCCUUUAGUCUCCUAUGGGAUCUCAGCAUGGAUGGGCUCUUCCAUCAGUCUGAUGGAGACAAGCGUUGGUGGUGCCCCUCGCUGCAAGAGGUCAUGGAAACAUUUCACAGCCUGGGAGCCUGCAGCCCUGCUCUGGGCCCAGAGGGGCCCUGUCAGCCCAGUGAGAGAGUGCUUAAAAACGACAUCAGCCUGAGCUGGAGUCAGUGGCAGGACAGCCCCCCAGAGACUGCCUUGGACAGUAGCUUGAGCUACAUCUAUAAGUUCCUGACACUGUGUGCCCUGGCCCAGCCAACGGCCUACACCGACAGGGAGCUCUUGAACCUGAUCGAGCUGCUGUGCCGAGCCGGCCUAGACGUGGGGCUCCGCCUGCUGCCCAAGACCGAUCUUCAGCAGCUUCUGCUCCUGCUCCUUGAGAACAUCCGCGAGUGGCCCGGGAAGCUCCAGCAGCUGUGCCGCACCCUGAGCAAGGUGUCAGGUCACCACCACAACCUGCUGGCCCUCGUGCAGUGCUUCUUGGACGUGACCUCUCGGAGCAGGCAACUUCGAAGCCAGCUCAGCCUCGUGGUCAUUGCCCAGAUGCUGGACCAGCAAGAGACGCUCCCUCUCUGGCAAGAGAAGGCCCAGCUGUCUUCACUCAGCCAGCUGCUGAGCCUCAUGAGGCCAUCAUCCCUCAGGCAGUACCUGGGCGCUGAGACCUUGCCGCCAUGCCAAGGGCAACAGCCAAAGGCCAGUGCUGAGCUCGACCACAAGGGCAUGUCUUCCACACAACCUGAUGAGUGUCCUCAUGGGACAGGCAGCGUGGGACCCACUGAGGGCUCUGCAUCUGUGAUGGUCCUCCAGGCCCCACCACCCAGACUGAGCCUGGGGACCACAGGUGGCUCCCAUCAGCUUCCUCACUGUGCACACCGCGUGCUGUCCAGCUCCGUGCUUCCGAGGCUUGGGGAUGGCUUGUGUGUUGGAGAAGCCUGCUACCUGUGCCACAGCUUGCUGACGCUGGCCGGGGUGGUGGUCAGCUGCCAGGACAUUACUCCAGACCAGUGGGGAGAACUGCAGCUGCUCUGUAUGCAGUUGGACCGUCACAUCAGCACCCAUAUCCGGGAGAGCCCGCAGGCCAUGCACCGGACCAGACUCAAGGACCUAGCUGCCCAGACCUACAUCCGUUGGCAGGAGCUGCUGGCCCAUUGCCAGCCCCAGGCCCAGUACUUCAGCCCCUGGAAAGACUAAAGGAGCAGGGCACGGCUGCUGGUCCCCAGCUCUUGGCUCUGGCAGGAAGCAAACGGGCUUCAAGGAACAGGAGGGAGCGAAGAACAGAGGCCAGAGGAGGACUGGUGUGAUGAAGCAAGAGCCUGCCUCCCCCUGACCCCCACCAGGCAACGGAUGUGUCUCCCUGGCCCACCCCUCAGCCCUCCUUCCCUCCCAGUCCUCCCAGUCGUCUCCUCUGCCCCAAGGCCUUUGUAUCCACUCUCCGUUUUCCCGGGGCCUCCUGGGCCCUCCCAACCCUCCUUCCUCUCUGGCGCUAAUGCGAGCUUUCUUUGUGCACACUAAAGUCUUAUUUCAGCA